UAUAUAUUUAGAUUUGAAUGUGAAAAAAACAAAUUGAGUGUGAUUCAUUCAAUAUAAGUGUCAUCUGAAAAUGAGUUGUUCUUGAUUAAGAAAUAAAAAACUUCGAACAAUUAGAGAAAAAAUUUAAACUUCUUAUAAGUAUAAAGAACCCAAAAGCAGUAAAGGAUAAUAAAUUCAGCAGCAACAGUUUUGAUCUGAGAACUUCAAAUAAUGAUUGAUCCAAGUUCAUCCGAAGAAGAAGAUGAGGAGGAGCACGUUCAACAUCAUCAACACCAAAGAAAUCGACAUGAAUCGCCUGGUUAUGGACAUCUUGAAGUACCAAAUGCAACACCCAGCCGAAAUCUUUCUCCAGCAUCUCAAGACCAUUCUUCGCAAAGCGUUGGAUCACUUCGUAGUCAGCAAUUACAACGACCCACAUCUCCAUCACCUUCACUUGCAAGCGAACAACCUAAAGAUCCCGCUGAACUUGCCGAACGCCAUAAAAUCGAAGAAGAAGAGCGUAAACGGCGUAUUCAACUUUAUGUGUUUGUAUCGCGAUGCAUAUCUUAUCCGUUCAAUAGCAAGCAACCGAAUGAUAUGACAAAACGACAGCAGAAAAUAACAAAACAAAACCUCGACACUAUAACGAACCGUUUUCAAUCUUUCAUGAAAGGCGAGACACAAAUAAUGGCAGACGAAGCCUUUCAAAAUGCUGUUCAAUCAUAUCAUGAUGUAUUUCUAAAAUCUGAUCGGGUACAGAAAAUGGUGGCGAGCGGCGCUUGUUCACAGCACGAUUUCCGGGAAGUUUUUCGUAAUAACAUUGAGAAGAGAGUUAGAUCUUUACCGGAAAUUGAUGGAUUGAGUAAAGAAACAGUUUUAACAUCAUGGAUGGCUAAAUUCGAUUGUAUAUUGAAGGGAACUGGCGACGACGAGCAUAAACGCCCAACACGAAUGCAGCCUCUAAACAGUGAAAGUAUUUUAACUAAGGAACAACUGUUUGACAUGUUUCAACAAAUUCUUGGAGUCAAAAAAUUUGAACAUCAAAUUUUAUUUAACGCUUUAAUGUUAGAUUCAGCUGAUGAACAAGCGGCUGCCAUUCGACGAGAGCUUGAUGGGCGAAUGCAACGCGUAACAGAAAUGGAACGAAAUAGAAAACUUAUGCCAAAAUUUGUGCUCAAAGAAAUGGAAUCGCUUUACAUUGAAGAGCUAAAAUCAUCAAUAAACCUUUUAAUGGCAAAUCUUGAAUCCUUACCAGUUUCAAAAGGAUCGAUGGACUCUAAAUAUGGUCUUGGAAUUAAGAAAAAAUACAAUCAUAGGUCACAGGGCUCGCUGGCCAAGAUGGAAGGAGACGCUGAUGGGAACGACACGCAACUAACGAAAAUGGAUGUCGUGUUGACAUUCCAGUUAGAGGUUGUUGUAAUGGAGGUGAAAGGGUUAAAAUCUUUAGCUCCAAAUCGGAUCGUUUAUUGUACCAUGGAAGUUGAAAGCGGAGAAAAACUUCAAACAGAUCAAGCAGAAGCAUCGAAGCCAAUGUGGGAUACGCAAGGUGAUUUUACUACAACCCAUCCCCUGCCGUCCGUAAAAGUUAAAUUGUACACAGAAAACCCUGGGAUGCUAGCACUUGAAGACAAAGAGCUUGGGAAGAUAACAUUAAAACCUACACCUCUGUCGUCUAAAGCACCUGAAUGGCAUCGAUUAAAUGUGCCGAAAAAUCUUCCAGAUCAAGAUUUAAGAAUAAAAAUUGCCUGUCGUAUGGAUAAGCCACUUAACAUGAAACACUGUGGUUACCUUUAUGGCAUUGGAAAAGGCGUGUGGAAGAAAUGGAAGAAGCGCUAUUUUGUGUUAGUUCAAGUAUCACAAUAUACAUUUGCAAUGUGCACUUAUAAAGAGAAAAAGUCUGAGCCAGCAGAGAUGAUGCAGUUAGAUGGCUAUACCGUUGAUUAUAUCGAAGCCGCAAGUGCUGCUUUGAUGGUAGGUAUGGAUCUUGAAGGCGGGCGAUACUUCUUUAACGCUGUGCGUGAAGGUGACAGCAUUCUUUUUGCAAGUGAUGAUGAAAACGAAUGCAGUUUGUGGGUUAUGGCACUUUAUCGAGCCACCGGACAAUCGCAUAAGCCAACACCACCAUUGACUUCAGGUCAAAUUUCAUCCAUAUCGAAAAUUCAAGGCGAUGCAGAUAAAGCGCGGAAGCAUGGCAUGGAAGAUUAUAUUAGCGCUGAUCCGUGUCUAUUUGAACAUGCACAUUUGUUUAAACUCCUUCAAAAUCUAACUCUCGAUUAUCGAUUAAAUGAUCCCUUUGCAUCUAUGGGUUGGUUCAGUCCGGGUCAAGUAUUUGUUCUUGACGAAUAUUGUGCACGUUAUGGAGUUCGUGGUUGUUAUCGACAUUUGUGUUACCUCUCAGAUCUUCUAGAUCGUGCUGAGAAAAACUUCAUGAUUGAUCCCACCCUUAUUCAUUACUCAUUUGCAUUUUGUGCGAGCCAUGUACAUGGCAACCGUCCAGAUGGUGUCGGAAGUAUUACACACGAGGAGAAAGAAAAAUUUCAGGAUAUCAAAGAACGUUUACGUGUCUUACUAGAAUAUCAAAUAACUAAUUUUAGAUAUUGCUUUCCAUUCGGCCGGCCUGAAGGUGCUCUUAAAGCAACACUUUCACUCCUCGAGCGCGUCCUAAUGAAAGAUAUUGUAACACCUGUACCACCAGAAGAAGUGCGUUCUACGAUUAAAAAGAGUCUUGAAAACGCUGCACUUGAUAAUUACACACGACUUUCCGCAGAAGCCAAAAUUGAAGAGGAUCUUCGUGGAGAAAUGAUGGUACCUCCCGCAAAGAAACUCGAAGAUUUAAUUCACUUAGCCGAGUUAUGCGUUGACUUACUUCAACAGAACGAAGAACAUUACGCUGAGUUACGAGCUGUUGAACCAGAGCCACCGAAACAGGAAGAAAUCGAUCCUCAAGCUGCAGCUGUUGAAGCAAUUCCGUCAAACGUUAAAAACAACGUGAUGCCGAACCCAAAUGCAAAUACUGUCAAAAAAGACCCAUAUCGAUAUUGUAUGCCAACGCAUGCUGUCUACACGCCCCCAAAACCAACGGCACUAUUUAAGGCAUUUGCAUGGUUCAGUGAUUUGCUGGUAGAACACGCAGAGAUGUUUUGGUCGAUGUUUGCGUGCGAUAUGGAACGUGUUUUAGCUGAACAACUUCCAGAUACUUGGGACUCAUUUCCACUCUUUCAAGUUCUCAACGAUUAUCUUAGAAUGGAUGAUAAUCUCAAAAAUGGACGUUUUCAUCACCAACUUCAGACAAUUUUUGCUCCUCUCGUUGUUCGUUAUGUAGAUCUAAUGGAAUCGUCGAUCCGGCUAGAUGCUCUACAAUCAUUUAUUCGUGAUCUUCAUUGGCCGGAUGCUGAAUUCCGCCAACAUUUGGAGCAACGGCUUAAACUUAUGGCGUGCGACAUGAUUGAAUCGUGUCUUCAACGCACCGAACAAUCUUUUCAACAAUGGUUAAAGAAAUCGGUUACCUUUAUAUCAACGGAUUAUAUCAUUAGCACUGAAAUGUGUGCAAUGGUGAAUGUCAUUCUAGACGCUAAAAAUCAGUCGUUUAAGCUAUGUUCAGUUGAUGGAAUUGACGUGCACCAAUACCAUGCUAAGAUUGAUGAUCAAAUUGACAAAGCAUUAGCAUCAAUGACUCAAGGACUGAUCAAUAAGUUAGUGUCAGUGCUUGAGGCAACUCUCGGAAAGCUUGCUAGAUAUGAUGAAGGGAGUUUGAUUGGAUCUCUUCUAAGUUUUACGAAUGUUUCCGGUUCGGGCAAAGAACUUGGUCAAGGUUAUGUUAAUUUUGCUCGCAAUAAUAUCGAUUUAAUAAGAAGUAAGAUAAACGAUGAUCUUUGGAUUCUCAACUUCUUUGAACAAUGGUACACCAAACAAAUAACAAUUUUAUGCACAUGGCUAUCGGAACGAUUAGAUCAUUCGUUGCAUGUAUUUCAGUGUACAUGUUUAGCGCAUAUCGUUAAAAAAAUUUAUUCGGACUUUGAGCUGCAGGGUGUGAUGGAAGAUAAAUUGAAUUCAAAAGCAUAUCAGACUGUCAGUCAACGAAUGCAAGCAGAAGAAGCAACAUGUCAACUUACUAUGACGAGUGAAGAUGGUGAAGAUGAAUUUGGUGAUGGUGACGAUGAUGAUGGCGCCACUUCGGUUGCCGCAAGUAAAUCUUCAAAGCUUCCAGUUCUUGAUAAACUCGGUGACGAAGAUGGCAACAUCAGCGUCGGUAGCGUCACAAAUGUGGUCAAGGAUCGAGUCGGUAAUUUGCUUGGAAAGGGUAUUGGCGGGUUAAGUACUAAAUUUGGAAGCGGGAGUUGGUUCUAAGCUUAAUACCUACUAACACGUUUUUCCUCUAUUUUCCCAUGUUCUCAAAUAUUCGAUACAUCUAGUUAGAACUA